GCGGGAGAAAGAGGCAACGAGGCAACUGUAGUAUGACGGACGCGAGGCAACCGACGACGGCGAUGUGCUGCGGGCAGUCUGCGCACGGACAUCGAUCGAGCCUCACGUUCCAUCCACUCCCCGAAAUUCUCGAUUGUUUCACCAGCCGCGAUUACCGAUACGUUAAAUACGACAGAAAGAAGAAGGGAGAGACACGGACGGAGGGAGGAAGAAGCGGAUAAUACGAAGAGCAGCGGAAGAAAUAACGAGAGAGAGAGAGAGAGAGAGAGAGAGAGAGAGAGAGAGAGAGAGAGAGAGAGGGAGGGAGAGACAGGGGGACACUGCGGAACCAUCCUUGAUGGGGCGAUCGUGAAUCGCGAGCAUCGUGACAGUGCGAUGACACCUGUGCUUUGCCGAGAGGAACUGCCGAGCGACAGGACUGCGACUGCGGGGGUGUCUUCCACGGUGCACCAUAGGAAUUUUAUGUAACAACCGGAAGACGUCGGUUCGCUGCGGUUGACUUCACGUCCGAUAAGCUAGACAAUGUUUAAGCGUCUGUCGAAAUCGAGGCGUCACAGCGUCGACGAUGUCGCUCUGUCCGUGUCGAGUCCUGUGGCCCUGGACGAGCCGUCGGGCACUCCGAUGCCGCGGGACAGCAGUCAGGAUCCGAGCGCCACCGCCUUGCUGCGGAUCUCCAGAAGCAAGUACACUCGGAGGAGCUGCGGCGACGUGACGGCGAUGCAGACGUUGCUCGGAUCGAAGCAAAACGACGAACAGGAUGUCAUCGAAACUGACUAUCAAACUGUUACCGCUAUGCCAGCCUUCAUCGUCGAGCACGAUCCGGGAAAGCAACGAGUGUCAGGUCUAGGAAUUUGGGGCCGCCGGAUGAGCAAAAAGAUCGAUUCGUUUCGGCAGGGCAGGUCUCGCGAAGCCGUUUGCUUCGUCACGGAAAGACCCGACAAGCUUCAUCGCAGUGGCGCCAACAACAACAACAACAACAAUAUCAAAAACAACGACAGCAAUUCCAACAAUAAUAACAACGGCAUCAACGUCCAGCAGUUGAGCAAGCUGCAUCUGGACGAGAAACUAAAUAGAAAAUUGCCGGGUGCCGGUCAGCGGUCUCCGUCGCCCUUCAAGUCCUUCUUCAUCCGAAUGGGUUCCACCGGAAUGCUGAACUCGACGAGAACCAACAGAAGGUCACAAAACAUCGAGGAGAGACUAAAGAUAUUGGAUAAGGAGAGCUUGUUCAGGAGCUGCAGCACCAGCCAGUUGAACAACAGUCCGACCUACGUGAAGGGCGACGACCCCUCCGAAGGGAUAGACCUGCAGAUAUCAGCGAGGAAGGACAAGACGGUGUCCUGCGACAACCUGGCGUCCGGGCACCGAGGCAACGAGCAAGGAAUCUUCGAGGCCUGCGCGAGGCGCGACUCUUGCUCGUCCAGCUCGCUGGGAAGCCCCUCGGUGAGCUUCAGCACUUACGACCUCGGACGGUCGAAGGACGACGAGCCGUCGUCGUGCAUGAGGAAGAGCAGCAGCUGCGACCUGAAGGAGGCGAGGAAGUCUAGCUUCCCGUACGCCUUCCUGCGAUCGAAGCUGUCCGUGUUGCCCGAGGAGCGUCACGGCUCGCUGGUCGCCAAGGACGAGAGGCUGUUCAAGACCACCUCGGAGGAGCACUUCCCGACGUUGAAGAUCGAGGACUCCUACAACGGUACCACCACUCUCGGCCGCAGGAGAUCGAGAAUCGGAAGCGGAACCGGUCACGGUAAUCCCGCGAGGGAUCAGGAGAACGCCCCAGGACUGAUACGCACUUCCUGCACGGAAUUCCGGCGUUAUUCCAGCGGAUACGAGACCGACAGGUACACCAGUCGCCUGGAACGAGCGGAGACGAGCAGCUUCCAGCAGAGGAGUACCGCGGCCGGCUGCUACAGUCUCUUCGACAAUAGCCUGUUGUCGCUUCGAGAGGGUACCGGGUUCCAGCAGAUCAGCGACGAGCUUGUCCAGGAGAAGGUGACCUUGGCCGCGACAAGGAUCGAACCCGCGAUGCCGGACAAUUGCAGCGCGACGGACCUCGACGUGAUGACCAGCAUAAGGAACAAUCGGCGAAACUCCGCGUCGUCCAGCUGCGAGCAGCGACUGUCGUCGCACUACGUGAGCUCCAACGAGUCCGGCUACGACAGCGACGGGCCUCGCGGCGAGUUUGUCGCCGUUUCCGAGAACGAGGGCUCGAGCCUCAAAUGCAGCUCCGACACCAGUAGCGUCAUCGACUCGGAAGCGGAGAAGCCGAUGAGAAGCUCGACGCCCAGUGAGUGCCAGGACGCCGGCAAGGCGACGACCAGGCGGCACUCCGACGCGGUCGACGAAGGUCGACCGGACGCGGUGCCCUUGAUGAACAUCGAAGGGAUCGACGGGCUCAGGUGGCACCGGAGCGGCUCCGGCAGGAUGUUGCCCAGCAUCGACGGCUCGUCCUUUGACGAGGAUCUGGCUGUCGCCAGGCUGGAGGAGCCUCGGCUCGCCAGCUGCGACGACAAGCUGAACUUCCUGUCGGGCGCAACAUCGAAGAUGUUGGACGUGUCGCCUCAUCGCAUGAGGCUGCAGCAGGAUAAGACGAGGUUCCUCAGCGACAUCAUUCAGCCGCUGACAAGGGUGCGCCGAUGUCGCGUCAUACACUUGCACAAGAGGGAUCCCAGUGAGAGCCUGGGGAUCCGACUGGCGCAGCAGAGACUGGGAGAGCCGCGCUACAUCAUCGUGCAGUUGGAAAGCGACGGCAUCGCUCACAGGGACGGCAGACUGAGGUUGGGCGACGAGAUCGUGGAGGUCGAGAGCAAGGAGCUGAAGACGUUGGAGAGCCUCGACGAAGUCCAGGAGUUCCUGAGGUCCUUCUCCGGCAACACCGUACGUCUGACCACGGCUUACGACGAGACGGUGCCGCAAAUGUUCGAAGACAACCCGCCGGCCAAUUUAUCCAGCGAGUUCGAGUUCAUGGAGAACGCGAAGAACCUCUCCAACAUGUCAUUGAUCGACGUCGAGGCGAGUUAUGUUUCGUCCGCCGAGAGGAAGGUAACGGCCGACAAUGGCGAGCGAGCCGAACCCGUCCAGCUGAGAAAGAGGCCCGACUUCCUGCCGCUCUCGCGUUUGUCUCAAAAUCAAAAGGACACCAGCAGCAAUCCCGAGGAGCCCGCGACAGAAUCUCAGCAUUACCUGACGAAACAUGUGGCCAGGUUCGAGAAGGGCUACGGCAAGCCGAGUCUGGGCUUCAGCGUCGUAGGUGGCCGAGAUAGUCCGAGAGGCGACAUGGGGAUCUUCGUCAGAAGAGUCUUCCCUGGUGGCCAGGCCGACAUUUCCAGGUCAUUGCUCCAAGGUGACGAAAUACUGAGUUUAAACGGGAAGAUCUUGAAGGGACGCACACAUCAGGAGGUCAUUGAAUUGUUCAAGACGGUGAGAGAAGGCGUCGUCGAGCUGGAAAUUACGAGGAGACACAGAUAUCCUAGAAGCACCUUAAAAAGUGCGCCGUACUAAAUAGUAUCAACGAGGAGAAAACUGCCCACCGGAAGUGCUCUUUAGAUGUGAAUCCAGCCUAUCAUCAUUCACGGCAAAAAACGGCGUUUUAGGAUUCUAGUCUGUCGGAAGAAAUCAAUGACUUUCCAAGUUUCUUUCUUCUCUCUCUCUCUCUCUCUCUCUCUCUCUCUCUCUCUCUCUCUCUCUCUCUCUCUGUCUCUCAUAACUUAUUCCGCGCGGUACUCCAUCUGCCUAGUUAAUUAAGCCGAUUAUUCUUAUUGUGAUGCAGAAUAGCGUGCGAAAAAGUAGGUUUGCUCGUUGUUACGCUGCAUAGAUAACGUCUAUGCGUAUGUAUGUGCGUGUGUGUGCGUGUGUACGUGUGUGUGUGUGUGUGUGUGUGUGCGCGCAGCGUAAUUUUGUUACUCCUUUAUUGCUAAUAAAACUUUAUUAUUCGGGCUACUUUCUCGCGCGCCACUCUGCGCUAUUUGUAUAAUUGGCACCGUAACCUCCUAUUAUUAUCGCAUAUCUUUAAAUUAAGACUUUAUACGAAUAAUAUUACGAGGCGCGAGAUGAAAUAUCCAUUGUAUGCAUUUUCUCGAUCGUAGCGGAUAACAAGGAGGAUGUAUCGUGUACUUUGAGGGUACCGACGGUACCAUGUAUCAUGCAUUACUACUAAUUAGGUAAUUGUUAUUAAAUAAUUGUUUUAUUUCUAGCGAGUUCCGACAAUGUACACUAUAUACAUAAUUCGUAUUUGUACACGACGCGUCGUUGCGGCGCAGUUCUAUCUGCCGUCGACGAACGACGAUUUUCACGUGUCUAUGAGCAAAAGAUCUGCGCACGACUUGGCCUUCGGUGCUCUAAAACAGAACAAACAGAGGACACAAAAGAGUUUUCACAGAAGAGACAUAUAAGCGAUUUCAAAUAAACGAUAUGCGAACAA